UUCCGAUUGGCAUUGAAGAUGAAACAGCGAGUGUAAACAAAAAAAUCUCCUGUCUGAAAAAUGAUGUCCCAGUUAGACCAUGGGCCUGCUUCCUCUGGUCGCCCUUUCGAGACACCAGACAGUUCUGUAGGGACGCCAGAUAGUUUCAACUAUGAGACCAAAUUCAUAGUCCUUAACUUCAUGAGCCGGAAUCCUCAUAAAACUAUAAUUAGUCCUAGGAGUGUUAGCAGUCGUGCUCAUCAUACAAGUACUUCAGAUUCAGAUCAUCAUGGCAGGAAGAGUGCAUCAAAAUCCAUGCCACCAUCUCCACCAAAAAGACACAAGCCAAAGCUAACUGACUUUAGACAGGCAUAUCAGAGGGUAUCGGAAGACAACAUUCACUACAAAUAUAUGAGACACAGAUUCAACACAGCUAGUAAUGGAAGUAAUUACCAGAUGAGACAGAGAGUUUCAGAGGACAACAUCAAUCAUAAGUAUAAUAAAUUGCACGACUCAUUAGAGGAAGAUGCUAGUCUGGAAUUUUCUUCCUCAUCAAAUAAACAUGCAAAGCAACAUCAACAGGUCUCAGUCUCUGCAAAUAAUGUGAAUCAUGAUGACAAGUCCGUUCAAGACAGUCCUAGCAUAAAUACAAGUUUUACUCAUGGGCUUGCUAAUGGUUUAGAUAGGGAGACACCACUAAACCGAAGCGUGAUGUCUCCGACACAAUACAGGCAAUACACAAUGUCAAAGAUGGGAAGUGAGGUUAGUGGGGAGUACAGUGACAAUAGUGAUGCCGAUGACGAGCGCGAGGAUACCUCAGGUGGGUCGAGUCUGUGGGGGAGCACAGGAGGACUGAGUGGCCUACGAGGCAGUGUUGAUCUGCACCAAGUUGUAUCAAGACUACCCACAGUGCAGAGUGAAUCCGAUAUGGAAAAUGAAACGGUCAUUGACGCUAGCACAAUAUCUUAUACUCAGGAUGGUGUCAGCAAUGUAUUUGAAACAGAGAUGUUGUCAAAUGAUAACUCUAAGCUAGAUAUUGGAUCUAGGUCCAUCUGUAAUCUUAGUGAUAUUGACCUGGAUGUAGACUAUGGCGAUUUAGACAACACAUAUGAAGAUGAUCCAGCAGUUUCCACCAGUAUUUCUUUAGAGGCCAGCAGUAGCAACACCAGUGGGAUAAAAUCAUUGGAUCGCUCUAAACUAAGGCUGGACAUACAGGGAUCACAAUCCUGGCCCAACUCGAAGGCUGCACGCUAUCAGGCUGUCGCAGCGUCCCUCAGGUCUGAGAUUGAGGAUGAAAUGACAUCACUGGAAUCAGAAGUUGAAGAAGCUAUCAAGCGCCACAUAAUUCCAUCAAGCCAUUCACCUUUUCUGACCCCCAUGACACCUCAGACCCAGGCGGCAAAGGUCCUGGCACGGAUCGGAGAUGAAGUGAUGGACCAGUAUGAAGAGCAGUUGGAUAAAUCUGUGGCAGUUUUGAUGCAAUACAGUCAAAAUCCUCACCUAUGACACCUUUUGUGAUGUUGCUAAAGGCGUUCUUGACCGUGAUCUUCCAGAAAUGAAGCAGGUAGCGCUGCUGAUGGUGUAUGGCCAGAAAGCAGCAUGGCGACUAGUAGAGAGUGGACACCAGGGGAUUGGAAACUUGGUGGAUUAUACCUCCCGACUGGUAGCUGACCGUGCGGCAGAGUUUAUCAUUAAGCAGGGGGGAUGGGGAGCAGCAGUGAGUACCGUCUGAUUCCAGUCUGUCAUCAGACUCACUAGACGAUGUGUCGCCACUUCCUACAUUUCAGGAUACACCUGUAGAAUCACCUUUUGCCAAUUGUAUUGAUCACAUGAACUCUGUACCCUGUGAUAUCUCAGACCUACAGGACAUGUCAGUAAAUAACAACUCUUACACAGAGAAUCAGCGGCUAACAACAGCAGAACUACCACAGAUACCAGCAUCAAUUGUUGAUGAUCCUAGUUCUUCUAGUGAUGAGGAGGACGAUCAACAUCCCAUUGCACCGUGGUACCACUGGUUUGUCACACCAGAGCAUGUAGCAUUGUUGUCCUGUACAGUAGCUGCUAUAGGUCUGGGCCUACUGAUAUCUAAUGCUAGGUAGACUACAUCUUCUAUGACUUUUCCUAUUUAUUGUUUGCAAAGCAUCAUAUUUUCAUCAUUAAGCUAAGUAAGCUAUUAGUGAUGUUUACAGGGACUUGGGGUUGGGAAUCAUCAAGCUAAGUAAGCUAUUAGUGAUAUUUACAGAGACUUGGGGUGGGAAUCAUUAAGCUAAGUAAGCUAUUAGUGAUGUUUACAGAGACUUGGGGUUGGUAAUCAUCAAGCUAAGUAAAUUAUUAGUGAUGUUUACAGAGACUUGGGGUUGGUAAUCAUCAAGCUAAGUAAAUUAUUAGUGAUGUUUACAGGGACUUGGGGUUGGUAAUCAUCAAGCUAAGUAAAUUAUUAGUGAUGUUUACAGAGACUUGGGGUUGGGAAUCAUCAAGCUAAGUAAGCUAUUAUUGAUGUUUACAGAGACUUGGAGUUGGGAAUCAUCAAGCUAAGUAAGCUAUUAGUGAUGUUUACAGGGACUUGGGGUGGGAAUCAUCAAGCUAAGUAAGUAUUAGUGAUGUUUACAGGGGGGGUUGGUAAUCAUCAAGCUAAGUAAGUAUUAGUGAUGUUUACAGGGGGGGUUGGUAAUCAUCAAGCUAAGUAAGCUAUUAGUGAUGUUUACAGGGACUUGGGGUUGGUAAUUGGGAGUCCCUGUUGUGAGGUUAUGUUGUAUUGAAAUAAUUCUAUCGGUAACUUGAAUCUGUUACAAUUGUUGUAAGAUACCGGUAUUUAAGAAGAAAUGUUUGUUUCAACAUAUUUAAAAAUGUAUUGUUUGAGGAAACAGCAAUAAGCAAUAGGAUAGUCAAAUAUUGGAUUCUUGUGAAAACCUGUUUAACAGACAUCAAUCAGAGCAGUAAUCAUGUACACCAUUUGUCUUCAAUUGUAUUUACAAUGUUUUGGUGAAAUGACAUUUAAGUUGCAAUUGUUUGUUAUAUUGAUUGUCAACCUGACACCAUUGUAUUGUUGCUGUGAUAUCAUUCAAUUGUUGUAAAUAAGAUGGCACCUACUUGAAUAUUCAGCUUACAUGAUUAUCUGUAAGGCCAUACAACCUUACUCUUAAGACUUAUUCUCCUGCAUCGUAUUUAUAUUACUCUUAUGGUGUUUUAAUAGUGCUAUACUUAUGUUAUGGUUGGACCAAGUCUAUAUAUACUUGAUAGUGCUAUACUUGUAAUGUUAUGGUUGGACCAAGUCUAUACUUGAUAGUGCUAUACUUGUAAUGUUAUGGUCAGACCAAGUCUUGUAAUGUUAUGGUCAGACUAAGUCUAUACUUGAUAGUGCUAUACUUGUAAUGUUAUGGUUGGACCAAGUCUUGUAAUGUUAUGGUCAGAACAAGUCUAUACUUGAAAGUGCUAUACUUGUAAUGUUAUGGUCAGAUCAAGUUUUGUAAUGUGAUGGUCAAACCAAGUUUACAGAGAGACACUGACUAGUCAGUGAGACAAUACCUAGCAAUAGCUGGAGUCAUGUAGGUGAUAAUCCACCAGGACCAGGUCUGUAUAGAUAAUGUAAAUGUUGUGUGUCUCACUAUUAACAGUAGGGGUGCUAUUGGAAUAAUCUUAUUACCCCGUUGGCUAAAGUCGUUACUAUAUGUAAUUAGAUAGAUUGCUUUCAUGCUACCAUUACAUUAGAUUUGGAACAACCUUAGUUAUAUAACUCACCAUCGGCCAAGGUUUCAGUAACAACCUGAGUUAUAUAACCUUCCAUCCGCCAAGGUUUCGGGAACAACCUUAGUUAUAUAACCUCCCAUCGGUCAAGGUUUCAGGAACAACCUUAGUUAUAUAACCUCCCGUCGGCCAAGGUUUCAGUAACAACCUUAGUUAUAUAACCACCCAUUGGCCAAGGUUUUGCGAACAACCUUAGUUAUAUAACCUUCCAUCCGUCAAGGUUUCAGGAACAACCUUAGUUAUAUAACCUCCCAUCCGUCAAGGUUUCAGGAACAACCUUAGUUAUAUAACCUCCCAUUCGUCAAGGUUUCAGGAACAACCUUAGUUAUAUAACCUCCCAUCGGCCAAGGUUUCAGGAACAACCUUAGUUAUAUAACCUUCCAUCGGCCAAGGUUUCAGUAACAACCUUAGUUAUAUAACCUUCCAUCGGCCAAGGUUUCAGGAACAACCUUAGUUAUAUAACUCCCAUCGGCCAAGGUUUCAGGAACAACCUUAGUUAUAUAACCUCCCAUCGGCCAAAGUUUCAGGAACAACCUUAGUUAUAUAACCUCCCAUCGGUCAAGGUUUCAGGAACAACCUUAGUUAUAUACCGUAACUUCCAAUCAGAGUUUUCUAACAAACAUUACCUACACAGGUAUUUUAUUGAAAAGCCUGUAAUUCAGGUAAAAAUUGAGCCUGUGUUUGAAAGUUGCUUUUGUAUGUUUGUACAUUUGUAAUUGAUUCAGUCUUGCAUAAAUCCUCUCAUGAUCAGUGGUUUAGUUUAAGAGUGGAUUGUCUUAAAGCCAGCAUAAUACAAUCUUAAUGUUGAUGUCUUGGCAAUAUUUUUUUAUUCAAAUUUACGUUUUGUCAAAUGAUAACUCAUGAUUUAUCUUAAUACUGGGAUGAAGUGUUUAUAUUCCAUCAGUAGU